UAAUUUCUUAGACUUCAUUAAAUAAAAUAUUUUUUUUUUUUAAUUUCAAAACGACUAACUUAGAUUUAAUUUUACUGAAGUAUUUCUUACAUAAUCUGAAACAAUAGUCUAGAAAUAUUAUUAAAAAAUGACAAAACCUGAAUGGCUGACAGCACAAUUUAUAGAAAAUAUACUUAAAAAUUCCGAGAAAGAUAAUUCGAUUUUUGUGAAAAAAAUUUCAAUUGAAAACGCAACGAAUAAAGGUGAUAAUUACGCAAGUGCAAUGUACCGCGUUAAUUUUGAAUUUAUAUGCAAUAGAAGUGAUAAAAAAAUUGAAAAAAAAAAUUCACUUAUUGUAAAAGUUGCUCAUAUUUACGGGAUUUGGAAAAAAGUAGUAAAAGGUACCAAAGUUAUAUUUAACACUGAGUCAAGUUUUAUGGCGUCAUUAAUGAAAGACAUGGAAAUAGCUUUGGAAAAUACAAAACUUGGUCCUCGAUUUUUUUAUUACCAAGAAAAUAAUCCUUUGUUAUUAGUUAUGGAAGAUUUGACACCAUUAGGUUUCCGUAUGGCCGAUCGUCAAGCACGUCUCGAUAUUCAACACUGCACUUUGGCAUUACAAAGAUUAGCUAAAUUUCAUGCAAGUUCGGUAUUGGUUUGUGAAAACACACCAGAAUAUAAAGGACAUUAUACCAAUGGAAAAUAUUCUAAUAACAUUCCGGAAAUAACAAGUUUUUUUAGGAAUGGAAUGAAAUUUCUUGUAGAAGAAAUCAAGACCUGGCCAGAGAUAAAUGAAGAAUUUUUUAAAAAAUUAAAUCAAUUGGUGGAAACAGCUUAUGAAAAAGCAUGUGAAAUAGGAAAACUACGAGAAAAUGAAUUCAACGUAAUAAAUCAUGGCGACUUUUGGGUGAAUAAUAUGUUGUUUAAAUAUGAUGACAACCACAAUGUCGUAGACCAAAUUUUUAUUGAUUUUCAAUUUUGUCAUUAUGGAACGCCUGCUUUAGACCUAUUGCAUUUUUUAAAUACAAGUGCCUCUGAAAAAGUACUAAUACACCACAAACAUUCUUUGAUUGAGGAAUAUGUAAAAACCCUUUCUACAACAAUGAAAAUUAUUGGAUGCCAAACUUGUCCUCCUAGUCUUGAUUACAUACAAAAAGUAUUGAUUGAAAAAGAAUUUAUUGGUUUUGUAAUAACGUGUACAAGUCUUCCAGUCAAUAUAAUGGAUAAAAAUCAAGCACAAAAUUAUUUUGAUGAAAUACUGAGUACUGGUGAUGUUAAAUUUAAGACAAAUAUAUAUCACAAUGAAGUGUUUAAAAAAAUAAUGGUACGGAGGCUCCAAGAAUGGAAUGCUCUUGGAAUAUUUGACCGAUAAUAACAUACACAUAAAUUAAAGAAUGAAGAUAAUUUUGUACAUUCACAAUAAGAUAUUAUAUACAAUACCAAUGCAUCUUAUUCCAGACUUGUUAUUCAAUGUGUAUUAUUAUUAGAAACACAUUAAAUUAUAUUUUUUUCAAAUUCA